AUGUCCGUUGCUUUGACGGAUAGAAUGCGUCCUUGCCAAGCAUUGCCAUCGCUACAAGUCCUGCUCAGUUUGUUCACUGUGUGUCCACUCAGGAGGCCCUGGUGGAAUCACUUAAGAGUCCUCUUUGCGCAACUGGAUAUGCAGUCUAGCGGCGUGCUGGCCGGUGAUGAUGGUGAUGUCUGUGACGGCCUGGUAGAGGGAGGCUUCCCCCAAGCAAAAAGAUCCCCGUCUAAUCUCGUUCCAUGUGCAUUUCCUCAGCUCUUCAGCUUUUCAGCGGUCGUUCAGGGCUCUAAGCAUGCUGAUCAUCGCGGCUCCAAGGAUUCAGGAUCCAAGCACACAAAGCAGCGAAAGCAGCGAAAGCAGUGGCAGCAUGUGAAGCACUGUGACGAGAUGAUAGAAAGCAAGCCAGUCUGCAGAGGAUUGGCCCGUCGAAAGAACUCAUCAAAAGAGAAGUCACAACAAAGCAUCACCGUAAAGCAUGUGAGAGCAGCCUCUGCCAGGGGCGACCGGCGCAUGCCGCUCCUGCGCCCCACGGCCCUCGACCCCAGCCUGGAGUGA